AUGGAAAGAAAUAAAGUUCUCGUAGAAGCGGGUCAAAAUAUAGUACUGGAGCGGCAACUCGUGACACGAAGAGACGUAGGAGACCAAAUCAUGGUGUGGAAAGCCGGUGAUAUGAUACCAGAAGAUGUCGAUAAUAUGGUGUCAAAAGAAGUUAUAGCAGCGAAAAAUGAAGAUAUGAAAGAAUUUGAUGAAAUUAUAGUACCAGAAGACAGCGACAUGAUAUCAAUUAAGGGUGAUAUGUUAUCAAAUGAGAAUAUGAUAGCUGUAGAAAAUAUGAUAUCUGUAAAAAGUACUUCAGGAUCAAUAAAUGAUAUUACACUGGAUGACUGUGAUAUGGAAGAGGAAUAG